AUGGAGGUGCGGCUUCCGACUGUCGAAUGUGGUGACCAGCGCGGCAAGGAUCCCUCAACUGACACAAGCGCGGUCCCGAAAGAUGUAUACCCGGAACAAAGCACAGCGAAAGCAAAUUCAUGCGGCUCAAAGGCCUCUCCAAAAUCUCCACAAGCAAUCUGGUUCGAGUGGUAUGCUAAGACCCCCAAGCUCUGGGAAGUGUGCGAAUCACGACAAAAGAAGUCCAUAUACAAGCAAAUCACGAACUACAUGAAGCUGUUUCUUCCAACUGGGUUCGCGUUGGACCCAACCUCUGAGACCUACUCGGACGCCGUGAAGCGUAUCGGCCAAGAAGCGCAGACGAACUUGUAUCAGUUCUUUGAAGAUCAUGGAGUGACUCGGAAGCAGGGUUCGUCCGUUUUGAAGGUCCUCCGUGAGCUUCAUCGUGCUGGCAAACUGGACUCGAAGAUCAAAGUGUACUAUGCUCGUGUCAACGCCGGAAAUAUUCGCGACCCCGCUCCGAGUCAUCUAAAUCAGAUCCUUGCCAUCCGGGGCUAA